CAUGCAGGCAUCACAGAACAACAACAACAUCCUAAUGGCGGACUCCGCCUGGGCUGAUCUCCCAAAAGAGAUUCUCAAUCUCAUAUCAAAACGGGUCGAAAAUGAACUCAAUCUCGUUCACUUUCGAUCCGUCUGUUCAUCAUGGCGUUCUUCUUCCAUCCCAAUCCCUCCUACUAUUUUAUUCAAAUUCCCACUCAUCAGUUACUCCGAUAGACCGGAGCUUCUCUCCGAUAUCAUCAACGGUCGCCACAGCACUCCGUUUUGCUAUCUCUCCAAACGCUGUUUCUUGCUCAUCAAGCCACCGGAACAGCCACAAACCAUGCAACGUCCUUGGUUGAUCCAAAUCACCACAAACACACGUGGAAAAAUCAAGCUCUCCCACCCGAUCAUUACCUAUCACUCGAGUUCUCCGUUUGUUUGUUUACCUCCCGUUCUUGAUUUCAACAAAUUUCCUGUUGUUCAAUUAGGAUCAGAUUUCGUUGUUAACAAUCAGCACAGUCACUUUGUUGGACCGGAAAAGGUAGUUGCGUUAAGCCGGCACGGAGAGAAGCCUGUUGUGCUUGGUAUAAUGAGAAAUGUUUACUUUCGGGAGGUGAUUUUCCGUUGCCGCGACGAGCAAUGGAAGGUGAUUGAGGAUAUAGCUAGGCAUGGAGAUAUCUGUGUUUUUAAAGGGAGGUUUUACGCGGUGGAUAGAACUGGCCGGACGGUUAGGGUUGAGGUUGAACAUGACGACGACGGUGUGGAGUUAGUUGAUAAUCCAUUGAUUGUUGGAGAUAGGAAGUUGCUGGUGGAGAGUAAUGGUGAAUUGUUGUUGGUUAAUAUUUAUGAUUAUCUUUGGUUUAGUGUUGUUGUGUUUAAGCUUGACGAGAAGGGUAAGAAAUGGGUGAAGUUGAAGAGUUUAGGUGACAGGGUGUUGUUUUUGGGGAGUGGAUAUUCUUUUGCUGCAUCUGCUUCGGAUUUGCGUGUUGCGAAAGGGAAUUGUGUUGUGUUUAUGGAUGAUACGUUUCUCUCUUUUCAGAAUAGGCAACAAGGGAAAUGUGUUUAUCAUUUGGAUCGAUACGAGCUUUUGUCGGAUUAUGAAGAGUAUUUCAACUUGUUCUCUCCGCCGGAGUGGCUUGUUAGAAGCUGAAUUUGGGGCAUUGUAUGUUGUCUUGAAUUGAGAAAUGUUUCUAAUGUGAUGGUUAUUGAUGUUGCAUUGUUCUCCCUAGUUUAUGAUGUUAGUUAGAUUGAAUAAGGUUUUCAACUAGUACUUAUAAAAUUGCAAUAAAUUGAAAUGUGGUUUGUUACAUUGACUGUUAGUUUUUCUAAACUGAUAUGUUGUUAUCAAUAAGUAGUAUCUGCACUUCUUAUAUGAA